GUUGUCCUUCCCCACUUCACUUUCGCAUCGACAGCAGCAGCCCCAGCAAACAACUCCUUGCACCGGGCCCAUGCUCAUUCGGAGCAGGCCUCUUGCCAGUAAAGCACUCCGCUAUGCAUCGAGCACCAGUAAUGGCACUUCGGCUCGACGGCGUGAAAAGUCCCUACGACGGGCCCUUCUCUAUAUCCCUGGCUCCUCAGAAAAGAUGCUCGCCAAGUCCAUCAACCUCAAGGCAGAUGGGUUGACCUUUGACUUGGAGGAUUCUGUGAGCAUGGCAGCGAAACCAAAAGCACGGAAACUCGUGUCGCAGCAUUUACAACGGUAUGCACGCGGUACGCAGGAACGUAUUGUACGGAUUAAUGGGCGUGGGACUGGACAGUUGGCAAUAGAUGACUUGGCCAUGAUACAGGGACUGCAGAUUGAUGCUGUCAUGCUACCAAAGACGGAGACUGCAGAAGAUGUGCAAUGGCUAGCAGGGAAAUUGCCUGCCGGUGUCCAGAUCAUUGCUAUGAUUGAGAGUGCCUCGGCCAUCAUGAACUUGAAGAGUAUCGCUUCUGCACACAAGCAAUUGACGGGACUCGUCUUUGCAGCGGAGGAUUUCGCAGCGAGUAUGCAAAUCACGCGGUCUCCCAGUUUACGUGAGUUGCUCUUUGCAAGACAAGCGGUUGUCACGGCAGCGCGAGCAUAUGGUCUCGACUCGAUUGAUCUCGUUUGCACAUCCUACAAGGACUUGGAACGCCUGAAGGAAGAGUGUAUCGAAGGUGCCUCAUUUGGCUACAGUGGCAAACAAGCCAUCCACCCAGCCCAAAUCAAGGACAUCAAGAAGCAUUUCUCGCCGAGCAAAGAACGCGUUCGCUGGGCUCAGGGCUUGCUUAAGCGAUGGGAGUCUGAGGAACGCGGUGCUUUUGAGUUUGAGGGCAAGAUGAUUGAUGCUCCUGUCAUCCUGAGUGCUCAACGGAUCGUGGAUCUACAUCAUCGUGGAUUAGAGCCUAUCCGUGGUUUGAUACUCGGUGCACCUGGUGCUGGUAAAGGAACACAGGCCAAGCAUAUUAUGGGCAAAUACCCUGAUAUCAGCAUCUUGUCUUCCGGUGACUUGCUGCGUGAUCACAUGAGACGCGGCACAGACCUUGGCAAGCGAGCACAGGACAAGAUUACGCGUGGUGAGCUGAUUGACGAUGAUACGAUGUGUGACUUGGUCAUCAACACGAUCAAAGAACGAGGCUUCACGGCCAAGUCUUUCUUUCUCGAUGGUUUUCCUCGUACGGAGGCGCAAGCAGCAACCCUGGACAAUUACCUGUCUGAACUUGGCACUCCGCUCAACUUUGUGGUCAACCUGGAUGUCCCCUACUCUGUCAUCAUCGACCGUAUCGUCAACCGCUGGAUCCACGCACCAUCCGGCAGAACCUACAAUUUGACCUACAAUCCGCCUCAAGUGGCAGGCCUGGACGAUGAGACGGGAGAGCAGUUGACGAAGCGACUGGAUGAUAAUGUCGAGACGUUCCAGAAGCGGUUGGCCGAGUACGAUGCCAUGACGACGCCGCUGAAGGACUACUACGAUGAGCAGGGUAUUUUGAAUACAUUCACGGGGGAGACGAGUGAUGUGAUUUGGCCGCAGCUGGAAGAGGCCUUGUACAAGGUGCAGUAGCAGACUUAUAUAGAUAUACCCAGAUAUACACCAGAUAUUCACCAGAUAUAGACCCCCAAGUAGAC